GGAGAUUGCAGCAAGAUCGGUUCGUUCACGGACCACAAGCCGGCUGGUGGUAAUGUGCAGAUCUUUUCCGAGACCAGGACAUACAAUGUUCAACCAAAAGUAGGAUCCCUCAACAAUGUUACACAUACACCAGGUGGCGGAAAUGUGAAGAUACCCUCCAUGAAGUUGGAUUUCAAAGAAAGGCAAAAACCAAAAAUCGACGCCAAGUCUGAAUACGUGCCCCCUGUACCAGAAAAGAAGGCCGAGACUCUGACGCCAACAGAGUGGAGACUCUACCCGGCAGCUUUGGGGCAAAAAGUGUUCGGGGUUCUCGCGAUGCGGGCGGCAGUUUCUUAUGACGGAAGUAUCUAA